AUGUCUCAACCAGUCCGUUCUCAGGAUCGCAAUGCCCCUUGGUACUCAAUCCCUUCUCGAGAGAUUGUCAGCGUCGAACACCCAUGCUUCAUUAUAAACCCCCCUCGUCAGGACGCCUCUGCCAACUUAUUCCUAUCUCCGGAGGAUGGCAUGAGUCGACCCUUGUCCUCAACUUGCAACUCAGCAAACAAUGUCUUGCUGAAGAUUACCCUCCCCAGGAGGACUGGCCGGAAGCGAAAACGUGGUUCAAAUGAACCCUUCACCCGCCACGACAAUGCUGCUAUGUCUGCUACCGCCGGUGGGGUUGAUAAACCUUCAAGUUCCGCACCACCCCCUUCCCGGGCCCUAAGUGCCCGGGACUUGCUUCGACGGUUGCAGGAUAACGUGGGGAAAUAUGAAGUCGAAGCUGUUGGGCGGGUUGAGCGAAUGCAUGUAUUUCGCGGAAUGCCGGAUUUCGUAUACUCGACAACCUCCAGUCCGUUUAUGACGAAAUUCCGCGAGAAGAUCCUUCCUUUCGAAUAUGACAAGCUCAAAGAGUUCCAAUUCGACAUGAGUAAAGGCCAUACGUCGAACGUCGAUAUCAUUCCGCCCCCAGCAUUAAGCCGCGGAGAUGUCCCUUUUAACUACUUAUACCGCCAAAACCCCACCGUAAAACAGUCCAUCGGUCCCUCUGGUGAAAUAACAACCACAAACACCCAACAAAUUGUCAAAGUCCUCACCCACCUCGUAGCCUGCGACGUCCCCGCUGUCCCCACCGCACCCCGCGAAAACUGCCCCCCAAUCUCAACCCUCGACAAAACCCUCCAGGAAACCAUCUCCAUCCUCCAAUCCCUCUUCGAAUCCCGCCUGGCCUGGACGCGCCGCGGCCUCCGCAACCACCUAAUCACCAACGAACAGAAAUACGCUCUCCGCCUCGCUGUGCCGUACGUGGGCUACAUCUUCCGCUCCGGGCCCUGGCGCGACGCCAUCGUGAAAUUCGGUCAUGAUCCCCGCACCCACCCGUCCUCCUGCAUAUAUCAGACCUUCAUGUUUCGCACCCUCCCCUCCCCCAUAACCGAGCAACUCGACGAAAACGAUAACGAAAACGAAAACGACAACGACAACGACAACGAAAACACCCCGGCCCCGGCGCCCGCGCCACCACCCGCGACGAAAUCAACCACAACCCCAACCUCCAACAGACGCCAAACCCUCCCCCGCCCCUCCACAACCCUAGGCGACCAAUCCACCCAAUCCACCUGCCCCUCGCACAUCUUCACAGGCCAAGCCCCGCUCCCCCGCGACGGCAAGCUAUGGAUGAUCUGUGACAUCAAAGACCCCAUCCUCGCCAAACUGCUCAAACCCCGCACCUCACAGUCCUCCCUGGACAGUAAAAACGCCUGCGACAUCCUCUCCUCGGGCUGGUACGGCAACGUCACUCUGGCCGUUGCCAAAACCAUCAUGCGCGCCAAGAUACAGCACAUGCUCGAAUUCAACACGACGCCGGCGUUCGAGGAGGACUUUGCGCCCCUGCUGCGGUUUCCCGGAGAGGGUGGGCGGGGAUGA